AUGAGCGGGAAAACAUUCAACGUUGGUGUUGUGGGUUAUGGCAUGUCUGCCAAAAUCUUCCACAUCCCCUUCCUCACUCAAACUCCCCAGUUCAAACUCCACGCAAUCGUUCAGCGCUCUCCCAAAGAGGGCAACUCAGCACCUGCUGACUACCCUGAUAUCAAGCACUACACAGACUACAAGGAUCUCUUCGCCGACUCUGCAGUCGAUCUUGUCGUCAUCAGCACUCCCCCCAACAACCACUUUGAGCUCACCAAAGCUGCUCUCGAGGCUGGGAAGCAUGUCUUGACUGAGAAGCCUUUUGUUCCUACCUCUGCUGAGGCCGAUAAGCUUAUUGAGAUUGCCAAGAAGAACGGAAAGCUCCUUAUUGUUUAUCAGAACAGACGAUGGGAUGCUGACUUUGUUACCCUCAAGAAGAUUAUCUCUGAGGGUACCCUUGGACGUAUCGUUCAGUUCGAUAACCACUUUGAUCGUUAUCGUCUUGUGCCCUCCAAGAACUGGAAGUUGGACCUCCCCCUUUCUCAAGGUGGAAGCGCUCUAUACGACCUGGGAACCCAUCUCAUUGAUCAAGCCUACGUUCUUUUCGGCAAGCCUCAGUCCGUCCAUGGCCGUCUUCUCUCUCAACGAGAAGGCAAGUUCGACUUUGAGAACCCAGACGGUGUGUCAGCAGAGUUGACCUACCCCGACGGUCUCCUCGUCAACAUCCGCAUCAGCGUUCUCAGCGCCGAACUCGAGCAGCCUCGCUUCUGGGUCCGCGGCACAAAGGGAAGUUUCCGCAAGCUCGGUCUCGACACGCAAGAAGAUGCGCUCAAGGCUGGUGCGAAGGCUACUGAUGCGGACUUUGGAAAGGAGGACCCUGCUCGGUAUAAGUUGGUUGUCGUUGAUGACAACGAGAAGGCCAAGGGGCAGACUAUUUCAUCCAUCGAGACGCCUACCUACAAGGCUUUCUAUGCCCAGCUUGGUAAGGCUGUUGAGAGUGGAAAGGAGGAGGAUGUUCCUGUGAAGGCAUCUGAGGCAAGGGAUGUUUUGCAAAUUAUUGAAGGUGUUUUUGAGAGUGCCAAGACUGGCAAGGACGUCACUUUUGCUUAG